CGUCGCCUCAUCAUAACCCGGCGUGAUCGACGGCGCGGCUAAGCUAGAUGCUGUGUCGACCGGGGAGAUAACGUUUGAGACUUCAACUACCCCAGGGAGAACGAAUCCUUUCGCCUGAGUGAAGAGCCGAACACCGCCACCAUGGCUCUUUACGAGUACGUGACUGAGGAGCAGCUUGCAGGCUUCGACAAAUACAAGUACAGCGCCGUGGACUCCAAUCCCCUGUCUGUCUAUGUCAUGCAUCCUUUUUGGAACUUCGUAGUGAAGUUCCUGCCCACAUGGCUGGCUCCAAAUCUUAUUACAUUCACAGGCUUUAUGUUUCUGGUGUUAAACUUUCUCAUGUUGACCUUCUACGAUUUCGACUUCACUGCCUCAGCUGCAGGACAUGAACAUGUGCCUAGUUGGGUCUGGGUUGCUGCAGGGAUCUUCAACUUUUUGGCCUAUACACUUGAUGGGGUCGAUGGGAAGCAGGCUCGCCGCACCAACUCCUCCACACCACUUGGGGAGCUGUUCGACCACGGUCUCGACAGCUGGGCGUGCAUCUUUUUCGUGGCCACCGUCUAUUCAAUAUUCGGGCGAGGAGCAAGCGGCGUGGGAGUGGUCACGCUCUACUACAUCUUGUGGGUGGUGCUGUUCUCCUUCAUCCUCUCCCACUGGGAGAAAUACAACACGGGAAUCUUGUUUCUGCCCUGGGGAUACGACAUCAGCCAAGUGACCAUCUCUCUGGUGUACCUGGUCACUGCUGUGGUCGGAGUGGAAACCUGGUACAAGCCAAUCUUCUUUCACUUCCUCUACAGAGACCUGUUCACCUUCAUGAUCAUCGCUUGUUCGUUUGCUGUGACAUUACCCAUGAGCCUCUACAACGUCCUCAAGGCGUAUCGCAACAACACUCUGAAGCACGGCAGUUUGUACGAAGCCUUCCUGCCCUUCCUCUCUCCCGUCCUCCUGUUUGUCUUGUCCACGGCGUGGGUGACCCUCUCUCCGUCCGACAUCCUGGAGCAGCAGCCCAGAAUGUUCUACCUCAUGGUGGGGACCGCCUUCGCCAACGUCACGUGCAAGCUGAUCGUGUGCCAGAUGAGCAACACACGCUGCCAGCCGCUGAGCUGGCUGCUGCUGCCCAUGACGGGGGUGGUGAUCUUGGCAGUGACGGGGUUGGCGGAGAACGAGCUGCUGCUGCUCAACCUGUGGUCCAGCGCCGUCAUGCUGGCGCACGUUCACUACGGCGUCUCCGUGGUGCAGCAACUCAGCCACCACUUCAACAUCUUCGCCUUCUCACUGAAGAAGCCCAGCAGCGAUUGACAGGAGGAGGAGCGAGUCGGCCUGAAGGCGGCAGAGGUGUAGACACUCUUUCCUCUGCCAACCAACACUUCAUCCUCAUCGCCACGGAAACCACGCCCCCUCCCCUCCACCAGUGAGGACGCCGCACCCGGAACAGACUGUGGCCCUUCACUGCUCCCUAACAUUGACCCAGUUACGCAGGCGCCUCUGCUUUCUGAGAGGCGGGGCCGAGCGCUCCGAUUGGCUCGUCCGUCAGCCAAUGAGGUGCAAUUGUUUCCUACGGAAAUGUGCUUCAUUCAUGAGCUAGUCGCACUCGAAUGCUUUAGUCUUCUGCUUCCACGCAGAUGUAACAUUUGACAUUACAAAACUCAGCCACUGAUACACACACACACACACACACACACACACACACACACACACACACACACACACACACACACACACACACACACACACAGGUGCACUCACAUUAUGAAUGUAUAAUCUGCCUUUUGGGAAAUGCCAUUUCAUUUUUAUUCUAGCAGGAAUGCCUCAAGUAGUUAGUCAAAACUUGAAUUUUGGCCUCAUCUGUGCAGAGAUUUUUACCGAUAAUUGUGUCUGUUUAGAGGUACGGGGGUUUUAUGUUCAAACUAAAGUGAGCGUGUCAUGAAUGCACUGUCAAAGCAAAGGACAUUCUUGUGUGGUGAUCUGAAAAGUAUGGCCAGGACUACUACUUUUUUUUCUUUUUUUUUUUUUUCCUUAAGUAACAGCAAUGGCCUUCUAACUUUCCUCCGAGGUGUUGCGUCUUCAGGCUGAUUCGUUUGGGACUUAUCUUCUGUUGCCAUGGCGACGUGCGGCGCUGCCGCGCUGCUUGAAUGAAGAGUGAGUCCAAAAGCCAGAAAUGGAGCGGACCCACUCUGAGGGAACAAGCGGUCGGGCAGAACGCAAAUGUCGCCGGCGCCCGUCGACUCCCGUCGUCGGACUUCUUUUACGCUAUUGUUUAACUGUUGUGAGCAGCUCCGGCUUCUCGUAUUUAUCGCCCAUAUCUGACAGCCAUCUUGUUUGUGCAGAUCAAUGUCACGAUCGGUGUGUGUGUGUGUGUGGGGGGGAGGAAGUUUGAGAUGAAGGCUUGAGAUCAGAGCAAUGUCUUGCUUCUGCUCCAACUGUUCACCUCCAGGUUCUCAUCUGUUAUUAGAUAAAAACCACUGACACUGGUGGAGCUCAGAUUCCGUUCUCUUCCCAUGAAACCGGCAACAAUGUCCUGAUAUUAUUUGUGAAGGCGUUGAAGUUUCUGUGAUAUUUCAGUGUGAGCACUGUCCCGUGUCUUUGUGUGGAAGUAUACUUGUGCAUUUGUGGACGUUUGUAAAUACAGUUAUCAUUUCCGUUUUGUCUUGUUUUUAAGUCAAAAGUCUUUUUUUUUUUUUUUUCCGGACUGGUUGAGCAGGGAACAAAUGUAGCCUGUGGUGCUCUGCUUGCUGUUUCUGGGGUCUGUCCAUAAUCGAUUUUUAUCCAUUAUUGAAGGUUUUUUUUCAUAGUUUUAUUUUCUCAAGGACCUGUAUGUUGAAAUACCUCCAAAUGAAGAGAAGGAUCUGAUGGAUUUUGUAAAACAGUAAAGGAAAAUCAUCUGUGAAGGACUGUCUGACCUUAUUUUUGUUUGGUUUUUUAACCCGGGAGCGAUGAACUAAGCAGUUCAGUUUGAGUAUAUCGUUGUGUGACGCUGCUCUGACUUGCACUGUCAUGUGUGACGAUAUUUAUCAUGUCGAUCUUGGCGAGUUGAAGAGCAGACGAUCCAGAAAAUAAA